AUCAAACUACAGAAGCUUUACAGCUUCUCAAUUCUAAGUCUCCUUCAUUCUUUUCUUGCUUAUUGUCAUAUUGGAAUUGUACGUAAUUGCAGUUCCUUAUGCAGAUUUUCACCCAGCGCCAAGGAGCACUUGUGUGCUUCUGGUUGUCUGUGCUUUUUGUGGUAGCAAACUUUUGCUAUGGUGACCAUAGUACAGUCGAGGUAGUUGGUCUGGGAGAGUGUGCAGAUUGUAAGCAGAACAACAUUAAAACUGCCAAGGCUUUCUCAGGGCUACGUGUAACAGUAUACUGCAAGGCAGCAAGUGGAGACUUUGAAACGAGAGGGGUUGGUGAGCUUGAUGAAAAUGGAAACUUCAGAGUGUCUCUUCCACAUGACAUUGUAAAAGCUGGUGAACUCAAAGAAGAAUGCUAUGCUCAGCUACAUAGUGCAUCGGCUACACCAUGUCCUGCAAAUGAUGGCUUGUAUAACACCAAAAUUGUGAUUAAGUCAAACACUGAUGACAAAUACACCCUUGGUCCUUCUGGGAAGCUCAAAUUUUCAUCAGCGACCUGCCCUUCAGCUUUCUUUUGGCCUUUCCACAAACAUCCACUCAUCUUCCAUAAACACCCUCACUUUCCUCCUUUUCCUAUCAAUAAGGAGCCUCCACCACCUACAUAUGUUCCUAUUUCACCACCAGUUCCCAAUAAGCCAUGCCCACCAGAGGUGCAGCCUCCUGUUAUUCCACCACCACUUCCACCAAAGGUUAAGCCUCCUAUUAUUCCACCACCGCUCCCACCAAAGGUUAAGCCUCCUAUUAUUCCACCACCGCUCCCACCAAAGGUUAAGCCUCCAAUUAUUCCACCACCGCUCCCACCAAAGGUUAAGCCUCCAAUUAUUCCACCACCGCUCCCACCAAAGGUUAAGCCUCCUAUUAUUCCAUGCCCACCUAAGGUGAAGCCUCCAGUUAUUCCACCACUACCACCAAAGGUUAAGCCGCCACCACUCCCACCAAAGAUUAAGCCCCCAGUUAUUCCACCACUACCACCAAAGGUUAAGCCGCCACCACUCCCACCAAAGAUUAAGCCCCCAGUUAUUCCACCACUACCACCAAAGGUUAAGCCGCCACCACUCCCACCAAAGAUUAAGCCCCCAGUUAUUCCACCACUACCACCAACGGUUAAGCCACCACCACUCCCACCAAAGGUUAAGCCUCCUAUUAUUCCAUGUCCACCAAAGGUUACUCCUCCUCCAACCCCACCGGUUCCAAUCAUUAAGCCAUGCCCACCAAUUGUUCUACCACCCAUUCCAUUCAAGCCACUUCCACCUCUUCCUCCAAUCCCAAAGCUUCCACCAUUCAAGCCACUUCCACCACUUCCUCCAUUCCCAAAGCUUCCACCAUUCAAGCCACUUCCACCUCUUCACAAGUUCCCUCCAAAGCACUUUUUCCAUCACCCCAAGUAUGGGAAAUGGCCUCCAGCACCACCUUUUUCUCCUCAUCCUUAGGCUACAUUGCAGAGCUAGAUGACACUUGGGUCUACAAAAUAUGCAUGCAUGUUUUCUGUCUUUUUUUGUGCUUUCGGUAUCAUCAAGAAUUUAGAAAUUCUAUUGUUGCAAAUAAAGCCUUGGAGGGGGUAGGGCGUCUGAACAGAAAAGCAUCAGGUGAGGAAUAGAGAAAACAAAAAUAGAGCGAUAUGCUUCAGAAGUUUGUAGUGAUAUGAAAUUGAGUGUGAUCAAUUGUUGUUCUCCAAUGAAGAUUACGGUAUUAUUUGUUUCA